UAUCAAGUAACUCUGAACACCUUGCUUAGCUGGUACAGGUGUGUUUGGUUGGGGUUGGAACUGAAAUCUGCAGGACGGUAACUCCAGGAGCAGGGUUGGAGAGCCCUGAAUGAAACCAACCCAAUUUUUUAUCAAGCUCUGUGUUUAAAAUGGGACACAUGGGCUUUCUUUCAGGUCAAAGUGGAGCUGGGAACAAUUGGGCCAAAGGCCACUACACUGAGGGAGCAGAGCUAGUCGACUCAGUUCUGGAUGUGGUACGUAAGGAGUCUGAGAACUGUGACUGCCUGCAGGGCUUUCAGCUCACGCACUCCCUAGGCGGAGGCACCGGGUCUGGUAUGGGCACCCUCCUCAUCAGCAAGAUCCGUGAGGAGUACCCCGACCGCAUCAUGAACACUUUCAGCGUCAUGCCUUCACCCAAAGUGUCAGAUACAGUGGUGGAGCCCUACAAUGCUACGCUCUCUGUGCAUCAACUGGUGGAGAACACCGAUGAGACCUUCUGCAUCGACAACGAAGCACUCUACGACAUUUGCUUUCGCACACUUAAACUUACCACACCUACUUACGGCGACCUGAACCACCUUGUUUCAGCAACCAUGAGCGGAGUCACCACCUGCCUGCGAUUCCCAGGUCAACUUAAUGCCGACCUCCGCAAGCUGGCAGUCAACAUGGUGCCCUUCCCUCGCCUCCACUUCUUCAUGCCUGGAUUUGCACCCCUGACAAGUCGUGGUAGCCAGCAAUACCGCGCUCUAUCAGUUCCUGAGCUAACGCAGCAGAUGUUUGACGCCAAGAAUAUGAUGGCAGCCUGCGACCCUCGCCACGGCCGCUACCUCACCGUGGCAGCCAUCUUCCGUGGCCGUAUGUCCAUGAGGGAGGUGGAUGAGCAGAUGCUGAGCAUCCAGAACAAGAACAGCAGCUAUUUUGUGGAAUGGAUCCCAAACAACGUCAAGACGGCAGUCUGCGACAUCCCGCCACGUGGCCUCAAAAUGUCCGCCACGUUCAUCGGCAACAGCACAGCCAUUCAAGAGCUGUUCCGCAGGAUUUCAGAGCAGUUCACCGCCAUGUUCAGACGCAAGGCUUUCCUGCACUGGUACACUGGCGAGGGAAUGGAUGAGAUGGAGUUCACAGAGGCAGAAAGCAAUAUGAAUGACCUGGUCUCUGAGUACCAGCAGUACCAAGACGCCACCGCUGACGAAAUGGGCGAGUAUGAGGAGGAUGAUCUUGAAGAUGAGGAGGAUGCACGCCAUUGAGAGAGCUGAUAGGCAUGUUGUUUUCAAAAUCAUUGCUUUUAGCUGAUCUGAGAAUUUCCAUAGCAAUGCAAACAGUGACGGUACACCAUAAUUGUGAACAUUCAUUCAGUGAACAGCGAUCAAUGAAUCUUGGGGAGGGUAUUUAAGUCAUGCUUUGUAACAUAUGCUUCAAAUUGCAGUUGCCAAGUAAAAUAAAGUGGUCACUAAUAUAAAGUUGUCUCCU